CAAAAAAAACGUAAAGUAGAGCAUCCAAGCUCAUCUCGGCGUACUGUAUCUCUAAAAGAGGAGAUUGGAGAACAGCCGGCUUGGGCUGGUGCUCUAUUUUAGACACCUCACACGUUUUAAACAGUUAUUAUGUGUCUGAUAAGAUGUGAUUUAAUUUUGAGUGCUCAGUUGCCAAUUUCCGUCGCUUGGCCCGCUCGCAAGCGGGGAUAACGUGUUCUUCCUCGCUGCAUUCGAAGGUGUCCUCUGCCCUGGAGGUAAGUGUGGCUGACUGGCGGACUGUUCGUAUCUUUAUGUACAUUUGAGAUUUGUGUUUUCUUGUUGAAAAAAGACAGGAGCCUGCAGAUGCAUUAGCGUGAUGAUUACACUAACAAAAGUAUCCAGGCUGCUUGGUGGCCUUUAAAAGUGGCGCUAGCUGCUGGUCGGGAAAGCAAAACGUCAAACCUUCGACUCCGGUGAUGUAUUUAACUAAUUCAAUACAUAAUACACGCCUUGGUCCUGACAUGAUGAUAUUUGAUUGGGAAGAAAGUUGACUUUAUUGACCUAGCAAAGCGCAGACUGUUAGCUUUGUUGUGACUGGCUGGUGUUCUUCUUCUCUUCUAUGUAUAUGCCCCCUAGUGCCGCUCAGUCGACGGCCAUGUUACUGCAACUUCGGUAUAACAAUGUAGCACGCGCAAUACGUGCUUUGCUUUUGGGCAGUUAAAAAUGGUAAUAAAAUCUCCAAUUUAAGGGCCGAGUUAUUGAUUACUGUCAUUACCUAUUUUGUUUAAAUGAAUUGCUGGUGUAUUUUGUUCCCUUCAAUGUCUCAUGAUCUUAUUUUUGUUAUCUCUAUUAGCGACACGGUUUGUGUUUUAAUUGGCCCGUGGCACAUUGUACAGAUACAAUUAAACAAAACUGCAAAAAUACAUCAUAACAUCACAAUGUAAAGAUAGCAAGCUGAUAUGUAGAUACAAAAUAAUAUAUAUGUAUUAUACACUAUUUUUGCCAGCCCAUAUAUAUAUAUACACACACACACACACACACACACACACACACUCAUUCACUCAUGGUCAAAAUCUUUUAAGAGCAGUUGAAAAAUUUCAAGAAUUGACAUUUUGCACUGCUGGAUCUUCAGGAGGUUCUAAAUACAGUUUCAAAAUGCAAAAAGAAGAAAUGGGAGCGAGACAAAAACAUUUUGAGUGAGCAAUUUAUUGCAAACAAGCAUUAAAGUGAAGCAAGGUGUUCGUCAGCUGAUCAAACAUUUAAGACCACAGCCCUUAAAAGUUCAACUCUUGGCAAAAGCAUGGAUUCAAUGUCAUUUUCCGUCAGGAUCUGAUUGGCUGUCUGUCAAGACACUGGACCAUCCUCGGCCCAAAUGAAGGUCGUUACUGGUGCCGAGUGCAGUCCGGUAACCAUCAAACGGCAUCUGCGAGAGAAGAGUUUUAAGAAGAAAAAACGUCUUCAAAAGGUUUUGUCUCCAUCAACACCACAAAAUCAACUGUUUGGAAUUUGCACAAGAGCAUCAAACAUGGUACAUUGAAAGGUGGAAGAAAGUUUAUUCUCUGAUGAGAAAAAAUGUAACUUGACGGUCCUGAUGGCUUCUAAUGUUACUGGCCUGACAAGGAGAUCCCACUUGAGAUGUUUUCCACACGGCACAGUGGAGGAGGCGCCAUCAUGAUCUGGGGUGCUUUUUCCUUCAAUGGAACAAUGGAGCUUCUGGUUGUGCAGGGGCGUCAAAUGGCAGUUGGCUACGUGGAGAUGUUGCAGGGGGCAUUCCUCAUGACUGAAGGCCCUCGUUUUCAGCAGGACAGCACUGCAGUUCACAAUGCCCGCCUGACAAAGGACUUCUUCCAGAGGAACAACCUCACUCUUUCGAACCAUCCUGCAUGUUCCCCUGAUCUAAAUCCAAUUGAGAACAUUUGGAGAUGGAUGGCAAGACAAGUUUACAAAAACGGAUCAGUAACAGAGAGUAUCCACUCUCUGCCCAUGUCAUCCCCUUGCCAUUUUCACCGACUGGAUCAACAUUCCCACUAUCCUCCUACAAACACUGGCAUCAACAUGUCCAAACUAAUUUUUCAGGUGACUAACAAGAAUGGCCCCGCUACUCAUUAGAGUCCUUUUUUUGAACAUUUUAUUUCUAGUUUAGGGGGCUUUAUGGAUUUUUGAGCUUCAUCAAUAUGUUGUCUCACUCCCAUUUCUUGUUUUUGCAUUUUGAAACUUUAUUUAGAAGCUUCUGAAGAUCCUACAGUGCAAAAUGUAAAUUCACGCAAUUUUUCAACUGGUCUGCGCAAGUACAAUUUGCUGCAUUUUACAUAUGCUCGGAAAUCCCAAAAAUACAAUCUACACUAAAAACAGUGCACUCAACUUAAAAAAAAAUACGUGCCGUCUUUGAGCACAACCACUCAUGGCUCAUAAGACGGUUAAAGGUGAUUGAAAUGUUCUACUAUUAAAAAGACUGGUGUUUAAAGAUUUUGAUGUAGAUGUAUGUGUGGUAUCUGCAUCAGUGCCCUGAUACAGAGCUAAAUGUCAGGAGGUAGAAGGAUUCAUGUCAAAGAGGGGUUUAAAACAAUUAUCAUUGUUUUAGGAACCAUUCCAUUGAUUACAAUCAUGUCCAUGCUGCAUCUUCACCUUUGCUACACACUAAUCAGAGUUGUUUUUGUGCAGAAUGAGCAUUGCAAGGCAGGUCCGAUUCUGCUCCAGGUUUGCAUUUCUUCCCGCUAGUGGUUCCUGUAGAAGGGUUUGUAUUUCCCACCAGAUGAUGGCGUCUCGACACAGCAACUCCAAGAGGAUUGAAGGACUGGACAAGAACGUGUGGGUGGCGUUUUCCUCUGUGGCGGCAGACCCUUCCAUCGUCAAUCUGGGUCAAGGCUACCCUGAUAUUUCGCUGCCGCCCUACAUCAAGGAGGCGCUGGUGGAGGCGGUGUCGGUGGACAAGAUGAACCAGUACACAAGAGGCUUUGGACACCCUGCUUUGGUGAAGGCACUCUCCCAGGUUUACGGGAAAGUGUACGGACGCCAAAUUGAUCCAUUCAAAGAAAUUCUGGUCACAGUUGGAGGCUACGGCUCCUUGUUCAGCACCAUGCAGGGUCUGGUGGAGGAGGGAGACGAGGUUAUCAUAAUAGAACCUUUCUUUGAUUGCUACGUGCCUAUGGUCCGCAUGGCGGGGGCUAAACCUGUACUCAUAUCACUACGUCCUAAAUCGGACAAGGAAACCACCUCCAGUGCCGACUGGUACCUCGACCCGGAGGAACUUUCCAGCAAAUUCACCUCCAAGACGAAAGCCAUCAUCAUCAACACCCCACACAACCCCAUUGGGAAGGUUUUCACCAGAGAAGAGCUGCAGAUGAUCGCUGAUCUGUGCGUCAAACACGACACGCUGUGCUUCAGCGACGAGGUCUACGAGUGGAUGGUCUACCAAGGAUGCCAGCACCUUAAGAUUGCUACUUUGCCUGGUAUGUGGGAUCGAACCAUCACCAUCGGCAGCGCAGGAAAGACAUUCAGUGUCACCGGAUGGAAGCUGGGUUGGUCCAUCGGGCCAGAGCAUCUGAUCAGGCACCUUCAGACCGUCAUGCAGAAUACGCUGUACACCUGCCCAACACCUUUACAGGAGGCUGUGGCGCAGAGUUUGCUACGCAACUACGAGAUGAUGGGCCAGCCUGAGUGCUACUUCACCUCCCUGGCCGAGGAGCUGCAGGGGAAGAGGGACCGCUUGGCCGCCAUCCUGCAGGAGGCCGGGUUGUCGCCCAUCGUCCCCGAGGGAGGUUACUUCAUGCUGGCAGACGUGACAGCGCUCAAGCAGAACCUGUCGCACAUGGCCGAAGACGAGGCCUACGACUACAAGUUUGUCAAGUGGAUGAUUCAAGAAAAGAAACUGGCAGCCAUUCCUGUCACGGCGUUUGUGGGGGAGGAAUCCACAAAGGCAUUUGAGAAAUACAUCCGUCUCUGCUUCAUCAAGAGAGACAGCACUCUGGAUGCAGCAGAGAUCAUCCUGAAGAAGUGGAAGGACAGCCCAGCCGGAAACUGAACUGAAGGCGGGAUUUGUUGUUGUUGUUUUUAAGUCAUAGAUUCCCAUAAAAAGUGAAUGGAUUGCCUAAAGGUUCGGUUCUAUUUUCCUGUAAUCCUAUUUUCUAUCUAUAUGCUUCCACAUAAACAAUACAUACUUGGUCACAUGUACAGCCACUACACAAGUAAGUACUUUUAAAAGUCAUUCAGAACCAGAUGGCAGAAUUUUCUACUGAACUGAAUACAUUGUCUGUACUCACUCAUUAUCUAACUAUGCUUCUGUCAAUCCUACACCUUUAUGGGCGUGUGGAACUGUUAAUUGUACGAUGUGAUGUAUUCCAAUGUACAACUCUGAAACACAUUUUAUCAUGAACCGCCUAAUGUCAUGUACAAACUUUUACCAAGCCUUUUACGUUGCUCUCUUGGGUUCUUUGAAGGUGAAGUCACAGCCUGUAAGAACCUGUCACACCACUAGAGGGAGCCAAAGCACAACAUAAUGACAAUGACAAGCACAACGAGAUCAAACACUAUUAUUAACUAUGCGUUUGCGUCGCUCGUUAAAUCGAUGACCUAAUUUAGCACUAACAACAUUAUUGUUAUUCAACCUGUAUGAAUAGAUAAUUUUAAAUGGGCCUGCACAUUUUUUAACUUUGCCUUUAAAAUGAUUUCAACCUGGGUGGUAUGCCCAUAAACACUUGGAGAGCGCUGAGCCGUACGUCAACGUCGCCGCUAUAUUGGAUGAAUCAAGGCUGCGCUGUAAAUGAAUA